AUGCAUCCCUCCUACACCAACGCUCCCCACGCCGCCUUCAGCCCCUCCUUCACGGGCCCCGGCCGUCGCUACGGCUAUCGCCACAACCUCAACUAUAUGCGCAGCGUGGGCUUCGGGCCUCGCCGUGCCGGAAUCGGCGGACUACUCAAGGUCGCUCUUGUUGGAACGGGCGUCUACUUUGUUUGCAAGAAGAUUUACCAUGCCGGAGCCCAGAGCAGUCGUGGCCAGGCGUCGCAAUGA